AUGCAAUCGUUGCAUUCAAAAUCGACAAAUUUGCGCCCCUCUGUCCCCUCCUUUCCGCCCCUGCAUUCCCUCCUUUUCCCCCCUUGCUUCCCCUCCUUUCCCCCCCUUGCUUCUCCUCCUUUCCCCCCUUGCUUCCCCUCCUUCCCCCCCCCCCCCCCCGAUUCCCAUCCUUUCCGCCCCUGCUUCCCCUCCUUUCUCCCCCUUGCUUCCCCUCCUUCCCCCCCCUGCAUCCCUCCUUUUCCCCCUUUGCUUCCCCUCCUUUCCGCCCCUGCAUUCCCUCCUUUUCCCCCCCUUGCUUCCCCUCCUUUCCCCCCCUUGCUUCUCCUCCUUCCCCCCCUUGCUUCCCCUCCGUUCCCCCCCUGCAUUCCCUCCUUUUCCCCCCCUUGCUUCCCCUCCUUUCCCCCCAUUGCUUCUCCUCCUUUCCCCCCCUUGCUUCUCCUUCUUUCCCCCCUUGCUUCCCCUCCGUUCCCCCCCUGCAUUCCCUCCUUUUCCCCCCCUUGCUUCGCCUCCUUUUCCCCCCCUUGCUUCCCCUCCUUUCCCCCCCUUGCUUCCCCUCCUUUCCCCCCCUGCAUUCCCUCCUUUUCCCCCUUUGCUUCCCCUCCUUUCCGCCCCUGCAUUCCCUCCUUUUCCCCUCCUUGCUUCCCCUCCUUUCCCCCCUUGCUUCCCCUCCGAUCCCCCCGUGCAUUCCCUCCUUUACCCCCUUUGCUUCCCCUCCUUUCCGCCCCUGUAUUCCCUCCUUUUCCCCCCCUUUCUUCCCCUCCUUUCCCCCCCUUGCUUCUCCUCUUUUCCCCCCUUGCUUCCCCUCCUUUCCCCCCCCUGAUUCCCCUCCUUUCUCUCCCUUGCUUCCCCUCCUUUCCCCCCCUGCAUUCCCUCCUUUUCCCCCUUUGCUUCCCCUCCUUUCCCCCACCCAAUCCCUUCCUCUCUCCCCCUUUCGUCCCCUCCUUCCCCCCCCCCCCCCCCCCUGUAUCCCCUCCUUUCCCCCCCUGUAUCCCCUCCUUUCCCCCCCUGUAUCCCCUCCUUUCCCCCCCUGCAUCCCCUCCUUGCCCUAGCCUAGGUUAG